AUGGGACUGUUUCUUUUCUUUCUCCUGUUCUUCUCAGUCCAGGCUGAGGUUGUUUCGCUACCAUCAAAUACCACCGUCCGGAUCCAAUCCACCGGGUUUCGCAUUGAGGGAAGCACUCUGACUGGUCAGAAUCUGGUCCCCUUAACCAACUCGCUGAUUCAAUCAACCGACGACAAACUCAAGGCCUUUAAUGUGUCCGGCGUUGUCACUCGAGUCAUCCCCAGCAAUUCGCUCGACUUGAAGAGCUCGCAGAUCGCUUUCAUAUCUUGCGACCAGGACGAGUAUACCGGGAAUAUCCGCGUUGGCCAGACAAUUGAAUACGUCACCUCUGGAUCCGCUGCCAUUCUACUAUACAGCAAAACAGCUAUCGGCUGCAAUCUCACCUCCAAUGAUCCGAUUGCUAACCGGUAUCCCAACAUCUUUACUUUCACCAGCCAAGGCGGCUACUCUGCACUACUCCGUGCUUUCGAUAACACAACAACGAUCAGCAUCGUCUCAAUGUCGUACCUCUCUGGUGUCCCAUCCGACAGUGAUUCCGGUGGUACGGGCGACAGCCCGAACACUGCGAUGAUCAUCCUGUACAGCAUCACCGGUAUCAUCACGGCCCUGUUCCUGGGCAUCAUUAUCACGGGUGCAGUCCGUGCUCAUCGCCACCCCGAGCGAUACGGCCCUCGCCGGAUUGCCGGGCGAGUCCGGCAAAGUCGAGCCCGAGGUAUAGCUCGAGCCAUGUUAGACACGAUACCGGUCGUCAAGUUUGAUGAAAAAAAUGAUGACGUCGAGGCGGCCAAAAGAGAUGUCGAGAUGACCAUAAGCCCUGAGGAUCGCGAGCACUCCGAGCCUCAGGCCGAUGGUCACACGGAGAUAUCGACCCUCCACGAAUCCGAAAUGCCAACCCCAGACGAUAAUGAGCGCCCCACCCCCACAGCCCCCGAAGCCAAGACCGAGGUGCAUGACGGAGGUAACUUCUCGUGUCCGAUUUGCACGGAUGACUUUGUCAAGGGCCAAGACCUACGUGUACUACCUUGUAAUCACCAAUUCCACGUGGAAUGCAUUGACCCGUGGUUAAUGAACGUGUCCGGCACAUGUCCACUCUGCCGCAUCGACCUGAACCCACCCCAACCCGAGAAUCCAGAGGAAGAGAACGCCGACCAACCCGGUCAACCCGCAGAAGGCGGACCAAACCAAACAGCGGAAGAAGCCCACCGCCAUACUCACCGUCGUCUCACCAACUACCUCCACGGCCCCCUCAACGCCCGACGAAUGCGCGAUGCCACCGUCGAGGAGCGUCUCGCCGCGCUCCGACACGUCCGCGAAGCAAGCCAAGGGGAACCUGCGCCCGAAGGAGAAGCACACCGUGGCCUGACUACCCGACUCCGCGAUCGCUUCCGCAUCCGAACCCGCGCCCACGGUGCUGAGGCUGAGACACCCGCGGACGCCGACACUGCGCCUUCUCCGGCGGCUCCAGCGACCGUCCAUCUCACGCCGUCUACUGCAUGA